UCCACGAUCCUUGGAUUCCUUGUUUGUUUUUUUUAGGUUAAAGAUCCUCGGAAAUAACGUGUCUUUUUCGGACCUACUCGACGAACUACGUGUCUUUUUCGAGCUUCCUUCCUGCCUAUUUCCAAUUAUCUAAACUCGUUGACCUCACUCGCGUGAAAAUCAUAGCAAUAAGAGGCGUACACGAAACAAUGUCAAAAGUUCGUGCACGAUUCUAUCAAGCUAUUGUACCAUCUUCAACACUCGGAGCAAUCGAGCGGUGGUGGAUAAUUUGUAACUGCACAGAAUUGAAGAUAAAUAGAGCUAAUAUGAACUAUUAUAAGGAGCACUACAUGUGUUUAUGGUGGGUGAGGCCAUCAGUUGGGCUUAUCGGAUUUGCGCCAACAUGAGCUCCAGUUACAAUAGCUGAACUCUAUUCCAAGCUUGUUCUUGUUAAAAAGCAAGCAAAGCCGAGGCAUCGAUUUGGUGGUCAACGUGUGGCCUCCAAUUGCCAUCCUUACCUUCAUAGUUCAAUAAGUGAUAGAUUCGCUAUAAAUGGCUGGGGAAAUUUUAACUUCCAUUGGGAUUAAGAUUGGAGAGUACUUGGUGGAGCCAACCAAACGUCAACUGCGUUAUAUGAUCUGUUUCAACAGCAUUGUUGAAGAUCUCAGGAAAGAAAAUGAAACUUUGAAGUUGAUGCAACAUAAAGUGCACAAUUUAGUCGAAGUAGCCAAGAGGAAUGUUGAAGAAAUUGAAAAAGAUGUUCAGGAGUGGUUGAAAGAUGUGGAUGGUAUCACGAUGGAGGUGCCGAGUUUGGAAGAUGAAAUCAGAGUGAACAAGAGUUGCAUUACUGGGUGGUGUCCCAACUGUAGUAGGCGGUACAGGUUAGGUAAGAAACUAACAAAAAAGACUACCAUUAUUAUUGGGCUCCAAGAAAAGGGCAACUUCAAUAGUGUCUCACACAAUGCAGCUCCUCCGGGGAUAGAACUCUUGUCAUCCGGAGAUUUUAUGGCUUUUGAAUCCACAAAAUCUGCCUUCAUUCAGAUUAUGGAGGCACUGAAAGAUGAUAAGACUAACAUCAUUGGGGUACAUGGAAUGGGAGGACUUGGCAAGACAAUGUUAGUGAAAGAAGUAGGUAAGAAAGCCAAACAAUUAAAGCUAUUUGAUCAAGUUGUGAUGGCUGUUGUCUCCCAAACUAUCAAAAUAAAAGAAAUUCAAGGUCAAAUUGCAGACAUGUUAGGUCUGAAAUUUGAUCAAGAAAGUGAAACCGGAAGAGCAGGUAGGUUGUGUAUGAGAUUAAAAAAUGAGAAGAAGGUCCUCAUUAUCUUGGAUGAUGUUUGGGAACAUCUCAACUUGACAGAAAUAGGAAUUCCCUUUGGUAAUGAUCACAGAGGUUGCAAAAUUGUUCUUACUUCUCGUCGCCAACAAGUAUAUACCUCUAUGGGGGUUGAGUGGAAGAUCCCCCUGAAUAUCAUAUCCGAAGAAGAAACACAGGUUUUAUUAAAAAAGAAUGCAGGUUUAGGAGACAACAUUCCAACUCUAAAUGCUGUAGCAACACAAGUUGCUAAGGAAUGUCAGGGGUUGCCCAUAGCAAUUGUAACUGUAGGUAGGGCUCUACGGGGUAAAAGUCUUGAUGAAUGGGAAGAAGCAGCUCAGCAACUUCGUGUAUCUCAACCUGUGGACAUUGAAGGUGUGGAUAAAAAAGUUUACAAAUGCCUUGAGCUGAGUUAUGAUUACCUAGUUAGCAAGGAAACCAAGUGGUGCUUCUUAUUUUGUUCCUUGUUUCCAGAAGACUAUGUAAUUGAUUUGGAGGACUUGUGUAGAUAUAUGGGAGGGCAGGGGUUGUUUAAGGAUGUUGAUACAAUUGAAAAAUCUAGGAGGAAAGUGCGUACUAUAACCAACAAUCUUAAAGCUUCUGGUUUGUUGCUAAGUCAUGAUGGGGAACAAUAUGUGAGAAUGCACGAUGUUGUUCGUGAUGUUGCCUUACAGAUAGCAUCCAAAGAGAAGCAUAUGUUCAUGGUACGAGCUGGCUCCACUUUGAAGAAGUGGCCCGAGCAGGAAAGGUUUGAUCGUUGCACCGUAAUUUCCUUGAUGGCCAAUGAACUUCAUGAGCUUCCUGAUGGCUUGAACUGUCCAAAACUUGACACUUUGUUGCUGGGUAGAAAUAAAGCUUGCGUAAAUAUACCAGCUUCAUUCUUUGAAGGGAUGAAAGGACUCAGAGUCUUAGAUCUAAGUCAUAGCCGGGGCUUUUGUGGCGAAAUAAAUAUAGUUCAGCAAGUAGAACGACCAAAAAUGCAAGUUACCUUGUCACUCCCGCCGUCACUCGAACUAUUGACAAAUCUUCGAACUCUGUACUUGUGUGAUCAGGUUUUAGGUAACAUAUCUAUUCUUGGAAAGUUAAGGAAACUUGAGUUUCUUUGCUUCUGCAAUUGUGAAAUUCAUGAACUGCCAAAUGAAAUAGGGGAACUGAGCAAUCUGAGAUUGUUAGAUUUGACAGAUUGUUAUGCACUAGAAAUGAUUCCUGCUUAUGUGAUUUCAAGAUUAUUGAAACUCGAAGAACUUUACAUUGGUGGUAAAAAUUUUAGGCGGUGGGAGGUUGAAAGCACAAGCAAAGAACGAAGCAAUGCUAGCCUAUCCGAGCUAAUUUCAUUGCCCCACUUGAAAAAUGUAGCGGUGGUCAUGGAAGAUGUUUUAUGUCUUCCCAAAGACUUCCAUUUUCGAAACUUUACAAGAUAUAACAUAGGCAUAGGUUGUGAAUCAGGUGGAUAUCCCAACUCAAACUCCCUGCAACUUGAAUACGUUCACUCCGCCUUACCAAGUGCCAUCAAGGAGUUGCUGUCAAGAACAGAGUAUUUAUCUUUUACUUCACUGGAAGAAGGCUCUCGCAAUAUUAUCCCCAACAUAGAUCAAGAAGGUUUGAAAGAGUUGAAGUGUCUUAAGCUUCAUUGCUGUGAUGAGAUUGAAUGUCUGAUCGAUACGACAAAAUGGAAACAGCAAAUUGCAUUCCCUAAUGUGGCUGAAUUACAUCUGGAUGGAAUGGAAUGCAUGAGAGUGAUAUGCUGUGGUAGGCUCCCUGUGGGAUUUCUGCAAAAAUUACGGGUCUUUGUGGCGACACAGUGUAGAAAUUUAUGUGAUAUAGUUCCAGUGCUGGGAUCACCAUUGUUGGAAAAAGUGGAGAUUGGACAUUGUAAUAAAAUACAACAUGUUUUUCAACUUGGAGAAGAGUUUCUUUUUAAGGAAGAAAAUAUACCAUUUCUCUCGAAUUUAAAAGAGUUGAAAUUGUCAUAUUUGAGUGAACUCCAGUGCAUAUGGAAAGGGCCCACCCACCUAGUAUACCUCCACAAUCUUGAAGUUCUAAAAGUGAGGGAUUGCAAAGGACUUAGGAAUUUCUUCCCACUUCCAAUUGCUCGAAGUCUUAUUCAGUUAAAAAUUCUUGAGAUACGCAUGUGUCAAGAAUUGGAACAAAUCAUUGCAGAUGUGGACCAUGAAAUGAAUCUAUCAGCAGCAGAUCAGUGCCAAGCAGAAGCAGCGAGUUUCCCACACUUACAAAUUCUCACAGUAGAAGGAUGUGAUAAAUUGAAUAGCCUCUUUUCAGUCACCAUUGCUCGAAGUCUUCGGCACCUUAAAGAACUAAAAGUAGUAGGAGCCUCUGAGCUAGAGGAGUUAUUCAGUGAGGAAAUAGAAGCAGACAUCAGAUAUAGGACAGAGAUUGUGCUUCCAGAAUUAAGCUACCUGGAACUUAGGAAACUACCAAGAUUCACCAGGGUCUGCUCGGGAAGUUACCAUUUUAUAUGGCCACAUAUGAAAGAGUUGCAGGUGGAGGACUUACCAGGAAUGACAACCGAUGCUACUGCUAAUCUGCUUUGUACAACAGUUUCAAAAGGAAAGAAUUUACAGGUACUUAAUGUGAGAAGAUGCAACAAAUUGUGUGCAGUAUUUCUCAACAACUUCUUGAUGAGAUCACCGGCUUUGAAAGAAGUGACUGUUGAAGAAUGUGAUGAAAUGCAAGCGAUAUUUCUGCUUGAUGGGAUUAUUAUUGAGGAAGACUAUGAGCUGCCUCUCUCAAAAUUGAACACCUUGAUUUUAAAGUUUUUACCUGAAUUGAAGUGCAUAUGGAAGGGACCCACCCAACCGGUAAACCUCAGGAGUCUUAGAGAAGUAAGAGUGCGUUGUUGCAAUAGAUUAAAAAAUCUCUUUUCCCCCACUCUUGCUCAAAGUAUGCAGCAACUGCGAACUCUUUGCAUACAAGAUUGUGAUGAAUUGGAGCAUAUUAUUGCCGAGGAUGAUAACGAGAAAAUGUUAUCAGAGAGUUAUCUUCAGUCCAUAUCCUUCCCAAAACUGAGGUAUCUCUCAGUAAUGGAAUGUGACAAAUUGAAGAGCCUCUUCCCAAUCAACAUUGCUCAAGGCCUGCAGCAACUAGUAUCUCUUGAAGUUUCUAAAUCCCCUCAAUUAAAAGAAUUGUUUAGCAAAGAAAAGGAAGGGGAUAGUCGAGAUGGGAAGCAGAUUGUGCUCCCCUAUUUGAGGGAACUGCUACUCCAAGAACUACCAAACCUCAUUGGCUUCUGUUCUGAGAGUUCCCAAUUUGUAUUUCCAUCAUUGAAAGAAUGCAGGGUGAAUCAGUGCCAUAAAAUGACGGCAAGCUUUCUUUCUGAUUCGGAUGAUUCACUGCACGCUACAAGAAAGAACUGGUGUUAGCUGAUGAACCUAUCCAGGGGAGGUCUACAACAACUAAACCAGGUUGGAUGCUAUGUUAUUAAAGGCUUGACAAUGGAUAGUAUACCUAUAUCUAUAUAUAUACACCUAGAGGGAGAGGAACCUUAGAAGCUUCGGUCACCGAACCAGUUGAUCAUGAUUUGCUGCACCAAUACUUUAAUAUCAGAUCGUAACUGCAGUAACCUUGGUGGUACAUGCUAAAGAGAGUCCUUAAUGAAGAUGUUUCUCAUCUGUGAUGUCAAGGGAAGGGUCAUUCUUUAUUAGAGUCUAGACUUUCCAUACAUUAUGAAUUCCAUGAUAUACUUCAUAAAAAAUCUGAGUACGUAACAAAAAUGUUGAAAGACCAAGCAAUAUGUAACAAAAAUGUUGUGAUUUCUCUGUAUAUAUUACAAUAUAUUUACUGCUUUCUUUGUGUAGCUCUCUAGUACUUGAACCCUUCAGUAAGAGUGUUUAUUCUCUCUGUUGGGUGGAAACAAUUGCAAAAUGAGAUUUUGCAGAACAUUUCUUUUGGGA